AUACGAGGGCGCACUAAGCGUAAGAAGAAACUUCCUUCCUUUUUGGUACGUGGAACAGUGAAACGUGGUGUUCCGGGUAAGGCUUUUAUUGUAUUUAUCAAUAAAAUGGGUUUUGUAAAAGUUGUUAAAAAUAAGCAGUAUUUCAAACGUUAUCAAGUUAAGUUUAAGAGGCGCCGGGAAGGGAAAACAGAUUACUUUGCACGUAAAAGAUUAACCAUUCAAGAUAAGAAUAAAUAUAAUACACCGAAAUAUAGAUUGAUUGUACGUCUAUCAAACAAAGAUAUCACCUGUCAGGUUGCAUAUUCAAGAAUUGAAGGAGAUAGAAUUGUAUGUGCAGCAUAUAGUCACGAACUUCCAAAGUAUGGUGUUAAGGUUGGUCUUACAAAUUAUGCUUCUGCAUAUUGUACAGGUCUUCUUUUAGCUCGAAGAUUACUGAAAAAAUUAGGCCUAGAUACUUUGUAUGCUGGAACAAAAGAAGUAACUGGUGAUGAAUAUAAUGUUGAAGGACUAGAUGAAGGUCCUGGGGCAUUUCGAUGUUAUUUAGAUACUGGUCUUAUGCGUACAACUACAGGUGCCAGAGUCUUUGGUGCAAUGAAAGGUGCUGUUGAUGGAGGCCUCAACAUUCCACAUAGCACCAAGAGGUUCCCUGGAUAUAAUAGCGAAUCGAAAUCUUUCAAUGCUGAUGUUCACCGGCAACACAUCUUUGGGCAACAUGUUGCAAAUUACAUGAGAACAUUAGAAGAAGAAGAUGAUGAAGCUUUCAAGGGACAAUUUUCACAGUACAUCAAGAAUGGCAUUACUGCUGACAAUAUUGAGGGUAUUUAUAAGAGUGCCCAUGAAGCCAUACGCGCAAAUCCAGAACACACGAAGAUCACCAGAGAAAACGUACCUGUGAAAAAGCGAUGGAAUCGCGCAAAACUUUCUUUGUCAGAAAGAAAAAACCGUGUUGCUCAAAAGAAAGCUUCUUUCCUCAAAACACUGGAAGAAGUGGAAGCUUAAUUUUAUUGUCUCUUCUUUGCACGAAGUUGAUCAGUGUUUAUAUGCAGCGUAUGCACAGUACAUGUACAGCGUAUAUAUACAGUGCUCGUGUACGCGUGGAUACAAUUUUGGUACAGAAAUAAAGAAUAUACGAUUAAAAUUUUGCAUUUUUUGUUAUAUUAAUAAAAUUAAUGUAAAAUUUAUCUCUGAUAUACCAU